AUGGUGGGAGAAUUUACACUGGGUCUGCCUCUCAACCUGUCCGUUCUCUACAUCUUCAUCUUCAGAUACAAGUUCUGGAAGAACAAAGCGAUCUUCUUGUUCAAUAUUGUGGUUGCUGAUUUCUUGCUGGUGGGCUGCCUUCCUUUCAAGAUCCAUCAUUACCAGCACAACUUGAGGCGCAGUGAGGAUACUGUGCUUUGUAAGAUAAUGCUUUUCAUGCUGUUUCUCAAUCGAGGAGCCAGCAUCGGCUUCCUCAUCACAAUGUCCCUCGAUCGCUACUUCAAUGUGGUCCAUCUUGGAAGGAGAAAUUUUGUCAAGGUGUUUAAGAAAUCUCCUCAGAUAUCUGUCAUCAUCUGGAUCCUCUUGCUUCCCCUCACUAUUCCCACUAUGGUCACAACCUUUGAGUGCUGCAACAGCCACGGCCGUGUAAAGGAGACAUACUUACAUGACGUGACGGACACCUUUAGAGAGAUCGUUUUCUUCUCCCAAAUCAUCAUCCCCUACAUCAUCCUCGUCUACUGCACGGUCCGCAUUGUCAACCGGCUGAGGAAGAAGACGGUUGGGGAGAAGACUAAGCUGAGGAGGGCUGUGUGCUUGGUCACGUCUGUUGUGGUGGUCUUCUCCUUCUGCUUCCUUCCCUGCACUAUAGCCAGAGCAGCACUGCUGUUUGUGCGGCUGAAGAACUGGCAGGAUGCAGAAAACAUAGCCGUCCAGUGGUACGACGCCCUCAUGGUUUUGUCUUACAGCGACUGCCUGCUGGACCCGUUGAUUUACUGUUUCUCUAACUCAGGGUUUAAAGAUGUUUACAUAUCUACCUUUUGCCCCGCAUUUAUUCAGAAAAGACUGACAAAUUCUGACUCUGGCACCACAAACACGCCAACAUAUACAACUCACCUGGCGGAGCAGCACGCAUCAGGUCUAAUCAGCAGCAGCGCAGAGCAGGUAGUGCAGGAGGAGGAAGAGAAGAGCAACAGCCACACCUACUAG